AUGGCUGACACCGAGAGGCCACUCAUUGUGGGCGCGGAUGCAGGCCCAGAGGCGCCUUUCCCCCUGCGCAUGGAGGGGAAGGUCAUCUCGGGCUUCGGCCGAGGUUCCAAAGAGCUGGGCAUCCCAACCGCCAACCUGCCCGUCGACUCAGGCAUCACGCCCUGGAUCGCCGACAUCAAGAGCGGCGUCUACUUCGGGUGGGCGGCGCUCUCCCUGCCCGCGACGCACCCGGACCACACCAAGGGCGCGGGCGCGGGCUCGGACGCCCCAGAGACGAGCGUCUCGCUCUUCCCCAUGGUCAUGUCCAUCGGCUACAACCCCUUCUACCAGAACACGGUGCGCAGCGCCGAGGUGCACGUGCUGCACGCCUUCGGCGCCGACUUCUACGACGUCGAGAUGCGCCUGCUGAUCCUCGGCUACAUCCGCGACGAGCGCAGCUACCCCUCGCUCGAGGCGCUCAUCAAGGACAUCAACUUCGACUGCGACGUCGGCCGCAGGAGCCUCGAGAGGGACGCCUGGAAGCCCAAGGAGCUGGGCGGCUCGCUGGACGGCUCGUGGCUGACGAGAUGA